UCCUCCACCACCUCCCCCCUCUCUGCUGUAGCGCGGGUUCCCAAAGGCGAAAACUUUCUUCACUCUUUCUCCUGCCUCAAAGAAAACCCUAACAAUUUCUGUCAAAUUUCUCCUCCUGCCCUUCUUCAACCCCACCAUGAAAAUGAAUUUUCCAUCAAUUUCGUCUUUUAACGAACCUAAUUUUACCAAAUCCCUAAAACCUUCAUCAAUGCCAACUCUCCCGAGCUCCUCCAACUCAGACUAACGCUACGUCGCCAAAAAAUGAAAUGGAACGGUCAUUUACGAAUCAUUCUCGCCGUACUCUUCCCCUUCCUUUUCCUUCUCAUCCUCAUCUCCGCAGUCUUCUAUUGUUAUAUUCGCACGAAAAGGGUUCGAAUCAUACAAAAAAGCCACGAAGAAUCCGUGGAGAUAGGGGAUUUCGACUAUGCGGAGGUUGAAGAAGAAGAGCUAGUGGUGUUCGCGGGUGGCGAGCAUUUGAGGAUCCAGGACAUCCUGAACGCGCCGGGUGAGGUUGUGGCGAAGUCGAGUUACGGGACUUUUUACAGAGCCAGCAUCAAGAGAACCGCCGACGGAGAUGGAAGCACGUUUAUGCUGCUCCGGUUCCUUCGGCCGGUCUGCAUUGGCCGGAGCGAGGAGAUUCUGCCGGCGAUCCGGGUGAUUGGGCUCGUCCGGCACCCUAAUCUAGUUCCUCUUAGGUCGCUAUACGUGGGACCGAGAGGGGAGAAGCUCUUCGUUUACCCCUUCUACACCGCAGGCAAUUUGGCACAGUUUCUAAAAGGUGAAAGUCGUGAGUCCAACUUAUCUAACAGAUGGGAAGUUAUAUACAACAUUUCAGUGGGAAUUGCCAAAGGACUUGAUCACCUCCACAAUGGAUUACACAAACCUCUCAUUCAUGGUAACCUCAAGUCAAAAAAUAUUAUGUUGGAUUAUGAUCUCCAGCCCCGCCUAUCCGAUUUCGGCCUUCAUCUCCUACUGAGACCUGUUGCAGCACAAGGAAUGUUUGAGGCUUUAACUGUUGAGGGCUACAAAGCCCCUGAGCUGAUCAAGAUAAAGGAGGCGAGUAUGGAGACCGACAUCUACAACUUAGGGAUCAUCUUGCUCGAGAUGCUCACUCGCAAGGAACCGACGAGUUGCAGGUUGUUGGUGCUCAAUCAGAAGAUGUCGGAUGUGUUCAGUAGUGAACUCAUCAGUGAAAGAAAAGACCAGAGUUCCAACAUUGAAGCUCUUCUCAGAAGAUUCUAUCAACUGGCAAUGGCUUGCUGCUCGCCUUUGCCUGCUCUUAGACCAGAUAUCAGAGAGGUUAUCAGAAAGCUGGAAGAAAUUGGGCAAUGAGAUCUAUUGAUGACUGUUUGUUUUUUUUUGAAUUCAGGUGUUGAAUUCCUACAGUGCAGAAUGUGGGGAUGGGGAAGCAAAAAUUCUGGAAUUGAGGGGGAUUGUUCAUAUUUGUCCUUGAAAUACCACCCGAUAAAGUUAUAUAUACAUAUAUAUCCACACAUUCUUCUCC